ACUUUGAAGUUACUUGCUUUCUUUCAAUCUUGUUUUAUUUUUUAUCUUCAGUCUGUAUAGAUUACAGAUUUAAUUUAUAAUUGAGAUCUAAUUACUUGUUCUUCUAUGUAAUACCAUUUUGACUUUCUUUUGAUAGCUUAUUUUCCCUUCUCGUUUUCUUCACACUUGAACAUAGUAAUUUCACUCCUAUGAUACUGCUUUGUCAACUUGGCUUUGAUGGUGUUUGCCAUUGUCCUGAUAUUUAGUCCUACAUAUUUUUGAACUAAGAACAGUUAUUUCAAUCCUAACAACAUUCCCUGAUGUUGGGCUGAAGUUUGUGGUUUAAGUGUGCUCAUUUAUGUAGGCAUAAAUGAAAAAAGGAAAAUUAAAAAGAAAAUCAAGCUGUGAAAUGAGGAUGGAGUGUUUUUCACACAGAUUGUCCAAAACUAUCAUGUAGCAAGAAAAUGAUUUUGCAAAUAAUUUACAAUGCUUACACUGUAUGUGUUCCUUUUGUGCUUCAGAUGAUGCACACCUUUGAAUGAUGUCUGAUUUCUGAGCCUUAAAAAAAUUAUGUUGAGUCUUCGAGACAUAUCUGCUGCAUCUUCCUCAAUAGUCUAAAAAAAAUGAACAGUUCCAAAAACUGUACUUUUAUUCUGUAUGAAAAUGUUUUACAUGAUAAAUAAUUGCAAAUACUACAUAAAUAUAUCCCUUUGCCUUUUGGUGCUUUUCCUCUAGAAAGUAAGCAUUAUGGUGAAGAGAAGAUACUGCCAUCAACAUUAUAAUACUGUCAUAGAAUUCCUCUAAAGACUAGGAAAUCCUGCUGGUGUCGUGCAUUCUGGAAAUACGUUUUACUACAGGUACCACCAAGGCUUUGCAAACAGGAUGAGCAUGAUGCCGUUGACUGCUUCCUGACAGUAACCGGCUGGACAUUUCAGUCAUGAUGUUUUCAUUCUCACCUUGUCCAACUGGAAUUUGCUUAUACUGAUUUUUAAAAAGAGGAAUAAAUCAAAGUGGAGUACCAUAAACUUGACAUGGAAAAUAAAAAGAAAGACAAAGACAAACCAGAUGAAAGAAUGGCACGGCCUAGUGGGAGAUCAGACCAUAAUCCACGUGGACCUGGUUCUUCAAAUUGUGGAGUGUUAAUGGUUGGCCCUAACUUCAGAGUUGGUAAAAAAAUUGGAUGCGGUAAUUUUGGAGAACUACGGUUAGGGAAAAACUUAUACACAAAUGACUAUGUGGCAAUUAAGCUGGAGCCUAUGAAGUCAAGAGCACCACAGCUACAUUUGGAAUACAGAUUCUACAAGCAGCUAGGAUCUGGAGAUGGAAUACCUCAGGUUUAUUAUUUUGGCCCAUGUGGCAAAUACAAUGCUAUGGUGCUAGAGCUACUUGGACCUAGUCUGGAAGAUUUAUUUGACUUGUGUGGUAGGACAUUUUCUCUUAAAACCGUUCUUAUGAUAGCCAUACAGUUGAUUUCUCGUAUGGAAUAUGUCCAUUCAAAGAACUUGAUUUACAGAGAUGUAAAACCUGAGAACUUCUUAAUAGGACGACCUGGAAACAAAACCCAGCAAAUUAUUCACAUUAUAGACUUUGGUUUGGCAAAGGAGUACGUAGAUCCAGAAACAAAGAAGCACAUACCAUAUCGAGAACACAAGAGCCUUACAGGAACAGCUAGAUACAUGAGUAUAAAUACACAUUUAGGAAAAGAGCAAAGUAGAAGAGAUGAUUUGGAAGCAUUGGGUCAUAUGUUUAUAUAUUUUCUCAGAGGAAGUCUUCCAUGGCAAGGUUUAAAGGCGGAUACAUUAAAGGAACGCUACCAGAAAAUUGGAGACACUAAACGAGCAACUCCUAUAGAAGUAUUGUGUGAAAACUUCCCAGAGGAAAUGGCCACUUACCUACGUUAUGUAAGAAGGUUAGACUUUUUUGAAAGGCCAGACUACGACUACUUAAGAAAACUCUUCACAGACUUACUUGAUCGCCAAGGCUAUAUGUUUGAUUAUGAAUAUGACUGGAUUGGCAAACAGUUGCCUACUCCUGUGGGUUCAAUCCAUUCAGACCCUGCAAUAUCUUCAAACAGAGAAGCAUAUCAGCACAGAGACAGAAUGCAGCAAUCCAAAAAUCAGUCAACAGACCAUAGGGCAGCUUGGGACUCACAGCAAACCUAUCCACAUAAUCUGAGGGCUCACCUGGCAUCUGACAGACAUGGUGGCUCUGUACAGGUAGUAAGCUCAACAAAUGGAGAACUGAACACAGAUGACCCAACUGCAGGCCGUUCAAAUGCACCCAUCACAACUCCUGCAGAAGUAGAAGUAAUGGAUGAAACAAACUGCCAGAAAGUGUUGAACAUGUGUUGUGUAACUCUCAGAGCAGUUCUGAUCUGUCUCUGCCCACUGCUACUUUUUCAGUGACUGAGCGACAGGGUGCCUUGGAUAUUUUGAGAAGGUGCUGCUGCCUAUUCAAGCGGAGGAAAAGGAAAACCAUCCAGCGCAACAAAUGACUAGAACCAAACAGAACAUGAGAAAAUGUUUAUGUGUUCACCUGUUGUCUUGUGAUCUUAAAAAAAACACCAACAAUAAAACCCAAAGCAAAAACCUCCAUAAUAAAUACAUUUUCUGAGGACUCCCUGAGAAACAAUAUCUUGCCUCUAUGCUUUGAUUUGGUUCUUCUGCAUCCAUCUUCUGUUUUUUAAUUCAUCUGUUCUGGAAGCUUUAAGAUAUUGUCAAAUAGGAGUGCUUCUUUCAUCAACAUAUGGACCAAUGAAAUGAUAGAAAAUGAACAGUAUCUUGAGCUAAACUGAACUUGAGAAGUAUUUCUUCUUUCCUAGGAAGUAAUAGCAGUGUCUUAGAUGAAGACGGAUGUUAUAAAUAAGUUAUUUGAGUUUGUAGCAGUGUAUCUAAAGCAGUUUUCUUCAAAAAUUAAGAAGAAAAAUACAGGUACACAACCAUAAUGCAAAAUAAUAAAACCUUAAGAUUAUUUUA